UUUACCUAUUUGAGCUUGAAUUUACCUAUUUGUGCGAUUUUUCUGGGUUGGAUUUUUUUUCUAAUUCCACCUUGAGUGACUGAUCUGCUUAUAAACAGUAUUGGAUUAGUGUAAUUUAUUUUAAGUGACAAAACUUUCUAAAAGUCGGUCAUAAAAUGAAUCCAAACGAUGCUAGUUUGACUUGUGCGAUAAGUGCCGAAUGGAUAAAUGCGCAAGGUGCUUCUACUAAAAAAAUUUCCUACAAGCAAGCUACAUUGCGCUUAGUGCGAAAUACUUUGAAAGAAAUGUUUCUUGAGAUUUCCACGGAUAAGGCGCAACCUAUGAAAUUGAAACUAAAAGGUAUCAACGUGCAUUCCAAGUUUAUGGCGGAAGGAAAGGCUUCCAUUCGCUUCAGUGAAGAAAAGUGUACCUUAUUCUUAUCUAAUGCACCACCAGGGCUGCUCGUUCAGUUCCUAAAGAUAAUUUUUAUUAAAAUCACCUCCGGCGAAACAUCGAACGCAGAAUCUAAAGAAGACAUGCUGAAGAAAACCCGUGCCCAUCUACUAUCGGGAAAGGCGAAUCAAUUCGAUGAUAUCAGUCCAGUAACAAAUACCGAGCUGGCUCGUGCUCGAAAGCUAGCGACUGGUAAGGGAUCCGUAACAACGCCUUCUCCACCUCAGAAACGUAAACGCAUUUCUGGGGAGUCUGAUAGGCCCGCACCGAAAAAGCUCUAUACACCUUCACCGCUUACCGGAAGCCUAGAUCCGGAAUCGCUAAACGACCAGCAGCGAAUGGUAAUGGAUGCUUGCAAAUCGGGAAGAAGUGUGUUCUUUACCGGUUCUGCUGGUACGGGUAAAAGUUUUCUGCUGCGCAAAAUCAUUUCUACACUUCCACCGGACGGUACUGUGGCAACAGCGUCCACCGGAGUGGCCGCCUGCUUGAUUGGUGGUACGACAUUACAUUCAUUUGCCGGUAUCGGGAGCGGAGAGGCUGGCCUACAACGUUGUUACGAGAUGGCUUCGAGGCCUAAUUCUAGUCAGAUUUGGAGAAAAUGCAAACGUUUAAUCAUUGAUGAGGUUUCUAUGGUAGAUGGAGAUUAUUUCGAGAAAAUUGAGGCUGUUGCUCGCUACAUCCGCAAAAAUGAUAAACCCUUCGGUGGCAUCCAGUUGAUUCUAUGUGGAGACUUUUUUCAGCUGCCUCCUGUGGUAAAGCAGGAUAAAUUCUCUCGCGGUGCUCUAUCUCAAGACACCAAUUCACAAUCGGUCGUUCGAUUUUGUUUUCAAACUAAAGCAUGGAAAGAAUGUAUUCAAAACAGUUACGAACUGACGGUCGUUCAUCGGCAAAAGGAUCCGGAAUUUGUUUCCAUCUUGAACAGUAUAAGAAUUGGACGAGUGACGACGGAGAUUCGAGACCGGUUAGCUGCUACAUCAAAGCAGAAGAUCGAGGUUGAGGGCAUUCUGGCGACACAACUUUGCUCUCAUACAAAUGAUGCCGAUCUGAUCAAUCAGUCCAAGCUAAACAAUUUGCCGGGCGAAGAAAAGACAUAUCAUGCUACCGAUAGCGAUGCAUACAUGAGUAAGCAACUGGAUCAACAAGUUCAAGCUCCUGGAAAACUAACUCUAAAAGUGGGAGCCCAAGUUAUGCUACUGAAAAAUCUCAAUAUUGCUGAGGGUUUGGUAAACGGUGCUCGUGGAGUAGUGUUAGACUACGUGCAAGGUUAUCCGCUGGUCAAGUUUAAGAAGCGGGAAUAUCUAGUGAAACCGGAGAAGUGGUCCAUCAAAACAGCCGGCGCAGUCAUCGUCAGCAGGACGCAGGUGCCCCUGAAAUUAGCUUGGGCUUUUUCGAUUCACAAAUCACAGGGUUUAACGUUGGACUGUGUCGAAAUGUCUCUGUCGAAAGUGUUCGAAGCGGGUCAGGCUUAUGUGGCGCUCAGUAGAGCACAGAGCUUAGACAGUCUGCGGGUGCUCGACUUCGACGGCAAACAAGUGUGGGCUAAUCCUAAAGUAUUGGAGUAUUACCGGGAUCUUCGGCGGCAAAUACGUGACCGUGAGCUCAUGGCUCCAGUGGCCGUGGGACAGCAGAGGAAGAAGGAAGGUGGUCUGAAAAAGUCACUUUCUGCCAUGGGACUGACCAAGUCGCUGAUGAGCAAACCUUUGGUGACCAUCAAUUAAUGCAACGGAUAAGAGUUUCUUUACCAAUGUGGUUCAUUCUCACUUAUUUAGGCAAUAUUCUAUUCGGACAUAGACAAUCAGUAGAUAUGAAUGAAAUUUUUAUAAUUAGAUCAAUAGGAAUAAAACAAUUUUCACUAACUACUUGUAACUAAAUAUAAUUUUUGAGCGAAUAUUAUCAUCGACCAUUUAGCAUAUUGAAAAUAUCAACUUUUCAAGCGACCGAUUUAUAAUGU